AUGGCGCUGUUGGCGGCGUCGACGUUCGCGGCGGCUCCCCGGGCACUCGCGAGACUGAUCUACUUCAGCCUUCACGGCGAGUGGACCAACUCUUUCGCGGUAUCGCUCAGUGGAGGCAGUGCCUUCGGCCUUGAUGCAGCAACAGGCGUAAUGGCGUGGUUGGAGGAGCACGACAUCGGCUACCGCGUGACGCCCGACGUGAUAGUACCGAUAGUAUCGUCGGCCAUCAUAUACGACCUGGGUCUCGUCACCUCGAAGGUGCGUCCUGGACCCCUGCAGGGGCGCGCCGCCUGUGAUGCCGCGUUACAAACGCCCUUGCAGGAGGGAACUAUCGGGGCGGGAACCGGAGCAACCGUGGCGAAGACCGGGGGAACGCAUCGCGCCUGCAAGGGGGGGCUGGGCACCGCCUCUAUACAGCUGCCCGGCGGUGCGACAGUGGGAGCAGUGGUGGUAGUGAACUCAAUCGGAGGGAUCCGGGACCCCUUCACAGGCCAACUUGUGGCAGGGCCAAGACGACAGGACGGGAGCUUCGACGACCCAGUCGGAAUCCUGCUGGAGGGGCCUCCGCCGCCGAUGCCGACCGGCCCCGUUAAUACCACCAUCGGCGUAGUGGCGACCGAUGCCCGGCUCACCCGCGAGGAGGCCAACUACAUGGCCCGGGUGAGCCACAACGGCUUAUCGAUGACCAUCCAUCCCUGCCACACCAUCAGGGACGGCGACACCAUGUUCGCAAUGGCCACCGGUGAGUUCCAGGACGAAGUUGACCUGACCACGCUGGGAGCCGCAGCCGCGGUGGUAUCGGCCCGUGCCAUUCUGCGGGCAGUGCGGCUGGCCACCGGGCUUGGCGGCAUUCCGGCGGUGUCCGAGAUAUCAGUCGGGUAG